AUGCUAGAGUUCCUCAAACGCGCCCUGCGCAAACCUCGCGCAAACGUGUACGGUUUAGACCAUGCCGUCCUCAACAUACAGCUCCCACAGCAGAGUAUGUGGAUGAACAUGGGGUACUGGGAGUAUACGAAUGACUUCCCAGAAGCCUGCCAAGCGCUUCUAGAUCAGGUUCUCACAGCUGCGCUAUUAACGGAGAAGGCGUCUGCCAUAAGAAUCCUGGAUGUCGGGUGUGGAUGUGGUGAUCAAUCGUUGUACCUGAUGAAGAUUUUAAAUGGCUCUUGUUCUACAUCCCAGUCCGAUCUUGAAUCUGGGACUGGGACCGGAAAAGCACCCCCUGCCUCCAUCUUCAGUAUUCCAUCUGACACUGAACCAUCAGAGUCGGGCCUGCGGUCUCGCCACAGCAAGACCAAGCAGAAAUCUUGUUCCAUGCUACGCUUAGAUUCCUAUAUCGGGAUCACGUUGGAACCAGCGCAGGCCGCGCUCGGCUCACGCCGCAUUCACCAUAUGCAGCGAGAGAGCGAGAAUUUUAUUCAAGCAGAUAUCUUCUGCGCGGACGCCGCAGUACCCGGAGCUUGGACUGGGGAGUUGAAAAAAUCAAUCACAGCCCUUGAAGAUGCGUCAACCAAACAAAAUGAAAAUGAAGACACAUCCACAUGGCUCCUGGCCCUGGACACGAUAUAUCACUUCCGUCCCUCGCGCCUACCUCUCCUGACCUAUGCGCACAACACCCUCAAUGCCUCAUUCAUGGCAUUCGAUUUGAUACUAUCUAAUAGUAUAACCUGGUACGAAAAGCUCCUCCUCCGACUUGUGUGCUGGUGCACAAACUCACCAUUCGGGAACUUUGUUUCCGAGAAGGAAUACGUGGAGCUACUUGUUACGGCUGGGUAUAAUCCUGCUUUUAUUGAGAUCCGAGAUGUCUCCCAGCACACUUUUGGGGGGUUGGCAGAUUUCAUUAAACGCAGGGUUGUGGAGGCCAGGCCGUUUGGGAUUAAAAUGGGGAAAUUUCGUGUGGCGAGAUUUGUGUUUGGGUGGUGGGCUAAGGGGAGGGUUGUUAGGGGUAUUGUUGUUGUUGCGAGGAGGGAGUGA